GCUUUCAAGCACUCUCUCCACCAUCCAUGUUGUUCUCGAAGAUGCAGAGCAAAAACAACUGCAAGACAAAGCCAUACAGACUUGGUUGAAGGAACUUAACGACGCAGCCUAUGAGGCAGAUGACGUCUUGGAUGAGUGUGCAACCAAAGCAUUCUGAUGCGAAUCUGAAGGCCAAGGAUCCCCCUCUGCUUCUCUCAAGAGGAAGGUACUCUCUUAUUUGCCAACUACUUAUGCCUCUCCCAAUAUUCUGUUUUGUUACAAUGUAGGGAAUAAAAUAAAAGCAAUUACAGGCAAGUUUGAUGCGAUUGCUGCUAAUCGUAGUAAAUUUCACUUGAAAGAAAAGCAAGUUGAAUAUGAUGUAAGCCGUGAAACCAGCUCCGUUAUAACUCAACCACAACUCUAUGGAAGAGACGUAGAUAAAGAGAAGAUUGUCAACUUUCUGGUCAAGGAUGUAUGCAAUAGUGAGGAUGUUUUUGUGUAUCCUAUACUUGGUAUAUGAGGGCUUGGAAAGACAACCCUUGCACAAAUGGACUUCAAUGAUGAGAGGGUCAAACACCACUUCGAUCCUAAAAUUUGGGUUUAUGUUUCUCAAUAUUUCGAUGUGAAAAUGGUGAUCAACGCAACAAUAGAAUCUGCAAAUGGAAAAAGAUGCAAGGCUGUAGACCUAGACUCACUGCAGAGAAGGCUUCAUGACAUGCUGAAAGGAAAACGAUACCUGAUUGUAUUAGAUGAUGUGUGGGACGAAGAUCCGGACAAGUGGGAUGCUCUCAAGUAUUCACUAGCAUGUGGAUCAAAAGGCGUUUCCGUUAUCAUCACUACUCGUCUUGAAAAGUUUGCAUCAAUCAUGGGAACUAUCCCAACGCAUCGCUUAUCAUUUUUAUCCGACGAAGAUUGUUGGUUUUUGUUCAAGCAACGACCAUUUAGACGUAGAAAUGAAGAACUUCCAAACCUUGUGGCCAUCAGGAAGGAGAUAAUGAAGAAGUGUGGCGGUGAGCCUUUAGCUGCAAAGUCCCUUGGAGGGUUAACGCGCUUCAAAAGUGAGGAAAAUGAGUGGAUUUAUGUUAUGGAAAGUGAAAUUUGGAACUUACUCCAGGACCAAAAUUCCAUCUUGCCUGUCUUUAGAUUAAUUUACUUUAAUCUUCCAUUAGAAUCAAGACGGUGUUUUGCUUAUUGCACCAUUUUCACAAAGGGUUCUAGCAUUGAAAAGGAAGAUUUAAUCCAUCUUCGGAUGGCUAAUGGCUAUAUUUCUUGCAAAGGAGGACGGGAGCUGGAAGAUAUUGGUGAUCAGAUUUGGAAUGAAUUAUGUUGGAUUUCUUUUUUCAAAGACGUGGAGAAAGAUGAAGGCUAGAUAUGGUGCAAGAUACAUGAUCUUGUGCAUGAUCUUGC